AUGACCAGGCGGGACGAGAGCCAGGACCGCGCGACGGUGCGCCAGAUCGUGCAGGACCCGGUGGAAGACAUCGACCGAGCGCUGCAUUGGUGGCAGGUCAUGCGCGAUGCCGGCAAAGAGCCGGCCCAGGAUGCAGGCGUCGCCCUGAUCCAAGCCCUUGGCAGGCGUGGAAAUUUGGCCGCUGCAGAAAGCGUGUUGAGCGACCUGUCCUUCUACAUGCCUUGGCAGUCCAACGCACCUUUGGUGCACGCUGCCCUCCGCGGCUGCGCCGAGGCUGCGGAUGUGCAAGGACUCACGCGUUGGCUGCAGCUGAUGUCAGAACAUGGCCGGGAUCCGGAUGGCUUCUCGUAUUUGGCUAUACUCGAGGGCUUCGCCAAAGUUCACCGUUCUGACUUGGCGCAGAGCUGGUGGGACUCGAUGAUUGGAAGGGGCAUUGAACCCCAAGGUGGGCACUACGAUGCGAUGAUGAACGCCCAAAAGCCUGACGGCUUCCGGCCGGCGCAGUCGUGGUUUCUCCGCAUGGCAGAUGCGGGAGUCGUGCCUCAGGUCAGAAGCUACUCUGCCGUCAUUGAGCGCGCGCCUUCCGAAAGCGUCGCGCUUUCAUGGUUCAACAAAAUGGUGAGACACGGCUAUGUGCCGGACAUGGAAGCUUGCAAGAGCAUGCUUCUGGCCAUUUCGCGAUGUGCCACGGAAUCGAGAGCUGUAGAGUGGCUGCGGACGAUGGAGUUGGAUUUCAACUGCCAGCCCGAUCUUGCCUGCUACAAUAUCGUCCUCAAUGCCGGGGCACGAGCCCAGGGCUCGCGCUUCGAGCCGGAGGUGCUUCUCCGGGAGAUGAGUCAACGACGGAUCCGGCCGGACGCGUUCACCUUCAACACCUUGCUCUCAAGCGCAGCGAGGACUGGCAACGACGAAGGUGUCAAGAAGUGGCUUCUGCGAAUGGGAGAGGAAGGCAUCUCUCCUAAUCUCGUUGCUUUCAACGCUAUCAUCGACAGCUUUGCUCGGCGCGGUCUCAUGUCCGACGCGGAGAGGUGGCUCAAAGAGCUGAAAGAUGCUGGUUUGCAGCCCAACGUUCGCUCGUACACGCCGUUCUCUGCGGCCCUUGCCCAACGCGGGGACGUGGUGGCUACUGCACGGUGGUUGAGGACCAUGAUCGAAGACUCGGUGAGUCCGAAUGCCGUGUCCCACGCGACUUUGGUGGAUGCUCACGUGUCGCAGGGCAACGCGACAGAAGCCAGCGCCACUCUGGACAGACUGCUGGAAGCGGGCGCUGAUGCAGAUGCGCGCACCAUCAGCGCCGUGCUGCGCUGCUGUACCCGCGCGGGUGAACACGAAAAAGCCCUUCGCUGGUUCGAGUUUCUGCGGGCUUCAGGCGGCCACAUCUCGGGAGCUGACCUGAGUGCCGCCGUGCAAAGCGCAGCUGCACGCGGGGAGCCUCAGGAGGCAGCUUCUUGGAUGCAGGAAGCCCAGGCGAAGGGCUUGUCCGUCAAGGUACGUGCCUUCGCGGCAGUUGCUAAGGCUUACGCUGCCAAGGGGAGGCUGAUUCUUGCAGCCCGCACUUUAACGCAGAUGCGCCAAGCAGGCCACAGGGUGACGGCCUCCACCUGGGCCACCCUCCUCGCGGCCUUGGCUGCCGGCCCAAAACGGCCUGGAGAGGCCGAGCUGCUUUUGCGGCAGAUGGCUGGCAUUGACGUCGCCAUUCCAGGGCGAUUUGCUUUCGACUGCCUGCGGCGAGCUUUGGGCGCGAGACGUCUCCGCCUUCUUCGCCAAGCCCUCUUCGUUGGGGUAGGACCAUCACCGGCUGUCGAGGAGGACAUGGGCGACGCUUGCUGGGACUCUCUGCAGAAGUUGUGGCAAGGUCAUCUCGACGGAGGAUGA